AUGGCCUGGAAUGCCAUCCAUCCGCAUGCACGUCUUGGCAACAUACCAUAAGGGUCCUGGGAACCGAACAAAUGUCCAGUGCAAUGGUCUGUUCGAGACUCUCACUUCCAGGAUCGAUUCAAGACCAACCUUAGAUCUCUCCUAACUUAAUAGAACUGUGUUGUUCUUUGUUAUUUCCUUUUUUGUCCUUGUCAUGCCUCGCGUGAUAUGAAAGGAUUAAGGAACCAGAAGCUAGGACUGAUCCAGUCUUGACAUGUUCUGGUUAUGAUUGAGUUGAUAACCAGCUAAUUCCGGCUACUCCUGGCCAGAAAAAUUCGUCAGUUUUCAUCUGGUUCUUGCAUUUGUCCAUCUGGUUUCAUCGUUCUUUAUUCCCCUCUCACAUGUCGUGCCGUCUGAUGUAAUAGAAAUUUAAAGUCUUCCUAUUCAUCUCUAGCUAAAUAGUGUUGCAGUUCUUAAAUUUCUUUCACUUUUCUUGACCCUUAUUUCUUGUUUCUCAUCUACUAUGGCAGCUUCUACAUGUGCCAAUACUGUUUCAUCCUUUGAGAAGAUUGAUUUUCGAAAGCUUCAAAAUGGAAGGUAUUCAACUCCAUCCUUGUUCCUGAGCAGAUUAAAUACGGACGAUUUUUUCCUAAAAGAUAAUGCAGCCUGAUGGAAAUGGUGGUGUGCGAUAUGGAAGGCUUAAUCAGUGGAUUCUUAAUAUAUCUAGGAUUCUUUAUGGGAGUCAUACAAAGGCCUUUUUUUCAGGAAAUGGCGCAGAGCUUCAAUGAAUACGCUUGCUUGCUUUUCUGUAAAAAUCAUAUACUUUAGUGUUCCCCUUGAAGUGGAUAGUUUGUUGCAUAGGGAAAUCAGCACAAGUAUAAUAUCCAGUUGGAAAAGUUUAUAAAAAACAAAACAAAAAUCUGAGAUUGGUCUUCAGAUCCUAAACUGGAUUAAACAUAAUAAGGAUUAGCCUUUGUGCAGAGUCUAACAUCCACUUAUGCAGUGAUAUACGAGGUGUGGCGAUUUCUGGUGUUGAGGGGGAGCCCAUCAACCUCACUGAACCCGUCACUGAAGCUAUUGCUGCGGCUUUUGCAUCAUGGUUGUCAGACAGGAAAAAUCCCAAUGAGUCAAGACGCCUAAGAAUAUCUGUUGGCCAUGAUUCUCGGAUCUCCGCACAGACAUUACAGGUAUGUGGGUGUAUAUCUCUUAUUACAUCAAGAAGCAGGAAUAUUAGAAAGGAAACAUCCUCUGGCAUUCAGUUGCUAGUAAACUGAGGAUAACUUCAUCCUUGCAGCAAUAAGUAUAAUUGAAAGUGAGACUGUCUGUCAAGAAAAGGAAGUAUGUUGGUUUUUUUAAGGUAAUUAAAAUCCUUAUUGAAUUAAUCAAACAUAAUCCUUAAAAAUUAACCCACGCACUCAGAUAAUCAUGUAGAACAGAAACACUAUGGUCAUCCCUAGUCUUAGCCAAUGGCUAACAAAAGAAAACAAACUGUAUUCGGUUAAAGAAGAUCGAACGCUGGCUGAGCAGCUUCUACAGUGAUGCAGGAAAUCCCAAACUUUGUAAUGACAGCACAAUCGUCUUCAAUAUUACUGUGAAAAUAAUGGUAAUAGGAUCUUCUACCGAGGAUUUUCUGUCAGUUGUCUUUAUUUGAAAUGCCUGUAUCAUAGUCUUCUAUCCACAGAUUGUCAUCAAAAGAAAUUGGGCAAUUAUGCGGGUGACGAAGGGAUCAUUUGUGUUUUCAACGAUCUUUCCACAAUGGAUAUAUAUUUAUUUUCAAGAGGGUUGAAUUUGACCAAGGCACCCCUUGUGGGAAGUCAUUGAUAAUAAUUAUUUAUAGAACUACAAUUAUCUAUAUUAGAAGGCUUUUUCAUUGAGCUGUUAUUUCCCACACACUAUUAUCUUGAGUGGAAAUGUUUUUUUGAACGGUGUCUUUUUCCUCAAGAUUUUCUUACUAUGAUAGGGAGCUUUUUGUUGAACGUUGUAUGUUCCCACCGAACUUUACAUCUACUGUAGUCUUCUGCGCACUCUGUUGCGUUAUUAAAAUGUCUUCCAAAGGAUGUGUAUAAAUUGUUCUACCUCUGAAUUGGAUCUUGUCGAUGAAAAAAGACGAGCAUGGGGUGAUAUCCUUGAGUUUCAGCUUCUUCCUCAAAUUAUUACUUCCCUUUCUCAGUUAAGUACUCGUGCCUGACAACACAGAGACCAUGUUAAACAGGGUCUCAAAACAGUCCUCAUCACGCCGGCCUUUACAUAAUGGUUAUUCUUUUCAAUUUCUUCUUCUAUUUUUUGGUCUUUAGGUCUGUUUCUUUUUGGCUUACUUCUUUCAAAAAAAAUAAUAUUUUUGUUAAACAUAUGAACUGGCCUUCAAAGAAAAAAAUAGAAAAAAUACUAUCAACAACAGCAGCAUCCAUAUGCUGGAGAAGUGGUAGAAAAGCACAAUUUAUCAGGGUGAAGAUUAUCUUACGUGUCAAGCAUUACAACCUUAAUCAGGGUAUCUAAUCAGUCGUAAAAUCCAUGGAAUGCCAAUCACCUUCACUUAUCAUGAAACUAUGAAGACCUUACUCCACAGAUGCUGAUAAUAUAGUUCACCCUAUUAUUACGAGGGAUCAAUGAAGCUUCGUCAUGACCUGAUUUACUCUCUCUGUACUGAAGAACGCUUCUCUUCAACCUUGUUCUCUCCAAUUAUAGGUUUUGCCAGUUGACAGGUAUAUAGUUUCCUUUUUUUUUUACUUAACAUUUUCGAAGAAUGAGACAAUGUAGUCUUCAUUUUAGGAAUUCUUGUAUAUUUGGCAUACGCAUCUGCACACAAGCAUGAUAUGCCUGGGAUAUAGAGAAAAAGAGAUCUUAAAUAAAUUUAAUAUCAUGUUACAUGUUGUGUAUGACUGCUUUAUGCUUUUCCCUGAUGUUUCAAGGUCUCAAUAUAAUCACAUUAAAUGAAAUCAGAAUAAGGAUGGAAUUUCUUUUUACGUUUCUGAUUACUACUGUACUGUCUCCAGGAUGCAGUUUCUCGUGGAAUUUCCAGUUCUGGAUCAGAUGUUAUUCAGUAUGGGUGUGUGCCUUCAGUUUUAAUUCAUUCUUCAUAUAGAACAGCGUCUUGAUCUGAUUGCAUUUUACGCGAAAAAAAUUCGGUUUUAUGUUUCCCUAUUCAUGCAUAACUCAAGGGAUUUCAAGGUGGAAUAAGAGUGCAAUGCUUCUCCCGAAUUGUGAUUUCAGACUGGCGUCUACACCUGCAAUGUUCAAUAGUACACUUACAGAAGACGAAAACUUCCUGUGUCCUGUUGAUGGGGCUAUAAUGAUUACAGGUUAGUUGUGGAUGUCAAACUUUAUAAUCAAAAUUUAUACUAUGUCUGAUAAGCAGAAAUGCAUUUUCUUUAAUUUUAAGUUUUCUUUCAUAACUAUAUAUCAUACUUCGGUUUCUUUUCGUGAGGAUGAUUAAUGAUUCUUCCCGCUAUGGAUUCCGGAAUAAGCACUCAAUAUGUGUAUACCAUGUAUCAACAUUUCGAGUUUCAGAAUCUGUGUCAGUUGGAGUGUAUCCUCAACGUAUGAUCAGAAAAUCAUUAUAUAUGUUUAAAGAAGAGUUAUGUUCCCUUUUUAAAAUAAAAAAAAACUUUACUUGAUGUAUUUGUGUCAUUUGCAUCUUGAUACAGCUAGCCAUCUUCCUUACAAUCGGAAUGGCUUUAAAUUUUUCACAAAUUCUGGAGGGCUUGGUAAAGCUGACAUCAAAAACAUAUUAGAACGUGCUGAAAUUAUAUAUGGUAAAUGUACAAUUGAAAACCUGAAGGAGUCAGCGAAAGCAGCUUCUAUGGCGAUACAGAGAGUGGAUUACAUGGCUGUCUACACAUCAGAUCUUGUACAAGCAGUUCGUAAAGCUGCAGGGAAUGUUGGUACUUUCUUUUCGCUAACUAUUCCGUCAACUUUUGCAAGUUGGAUAUUUCUCCAUAUGCGUGUAGCAUAGUUUUCAUAAUAUUUUGUCAUCGUUUGUUACCUUUUCUUGUUAAAAUUCUGAAAGUAAUCAGGAUAACUGGUCUUCUUUUGAUUGAAGAAAUAAAUUUUCCAAUUGAUUCCACCUAUGUCAUUUUCUUUCUUGGAGAUUGUAUAAUAUUCUCGAUUAUCUCUAACAAUUUUAAUUCAAUUCACUUACUUCAUGCCACUAAAAUUUCAGAAAAGCCACUAGAGGGAUUUCACAUAGUUGUUGAUGCAGGAAAUGGAGCAGGAGGAUUCUUUCCGGUAACUUUCCAUUCUUUCGUAAAGAGUUUAAACUUUUUAGAGAAAAUUGUGUCAAUUUUACUGAAUUAUUUUGGAGCAUUUACACCAGCAUUGCCCGUGGUUUCACUCGCAACCGACAUACAGAUUAUGAAUGAAUCAUAUUUAUCGUUUUUUUUAAUCAAAAUGAAGUCAUCCCGCCUCUUGUCGAAUGAAUCAUACUUGUAUAUUUUUUUGGCAUCCCCUUGUUGAAUCCUUUCUUUUCUCAGCAGAACAGAAUCUCCGCUAUUUGGGCUGGAUAAGUAUGUUAUGAUUUUCACAUUGUAUCAGAAAACUUGUUUAAAACACAAUAGGCUCUCAUAGAAGUGGUGGUUGGCUUCUUCAUCAUCGAUUCAUUCCUUGAUUUAUGUCAUAAUCAUCAUAAAUUUUCACUAAGUGCUGAAAAUCCUUGAAUCUUUUGAAAAGUUCAGCGAUCUUCGGCGAUUUUGUGUGGAGAAGACGGAUUUUUGUUGCAUAUAAGAUCCUGCAGUCUGUUACAUCCUCGCUCUCAUGUGUUUGAGUUGAAUCAUUGCGAGCAGUAGUAUGGGCAAUAAAAAUAUCUAGAAACUGAAUCAAAUUCCCAUCUUCAUAAGAGUCGUGUAGCUAUUUCGGAUGUCUUAUAUCCGAAAGACGUGAUUAGAGUUUGUUCAUUAUUUGGCACUUUUCUGAGCUUAACCACUUGUAACCUUUUCCUCAAGUGAACUUUGUUUCUUCUCCAUACUUCUAGAUUGUACGGUAUUUCAGCCAUCUCGUUACCCAUUCAGCUUCUGGCAUUCAAGGACUUAAAUCAGGCGGACCUGUCAUCCCUGUUAAAGAAAGUUUUUCACCGCAUUGUUGAUUAUUGAGUUUCGUCAGAAACAGCACCAUUAGAAGUUUCGUUAAAAUUACUGAUCUCGAACCUGAUCUUCUGAAGCUAAAUAUUGCUUUGUGAUUUCACUGUGCUCCUCUUUUACUAGGGAAAGGUGCUUGAACCCUUAGGGGCAAUUACAACUGGCAGCCAGUUUUUGGAACCAGAUGGUAUUUUCUGAAGGAAAUAAAAUGAGGUAUGUGUUCAUCAGGGUGUAUUUAAAUUCCUCUCUCUGGCUUCAGGUUUGUUUCCAAAUCACAUCCCAAACCCAGAGGAUAAAAGUGCUAUGAAGGCAAUAACUCAAGCAGUCCUUGAUAAUAAAGCUGACCUAGGAAUCAUUUUUGAUACCGAUGUUGACAGGUAUUAGGGUUUACAAGGCAAGUUCAUUUUGUUUUUCCUAUUUUUCGAUAUCGGGCAUCAUCAUUAUUUUGCUCAUUCCCAUUCUUCUACGUGCAUAGAUCUGCUGCUGUAGACUCCACAGGUCGAGAGUUCAAUCGGAAUAGACUGAUUGCUCUGAUAUCCGCUAUUGUCCUUGAGGAAGUAAGACUUGUAUUUUUGAUAAUUUGGUUAGUUUCCAUUUAUCAUCAUUGAUUUCAUGAAGAUUUACCCCAUCCACUGUUUGAAAAACCAAGUUCUGAAGAUCUUGAAGCAGUUUUUUCUGCUUGUUUCGGACCCAUUGCCUGUCUUCCUCGUGUUUGAGCCAAAAACUUGUUGGAUAGUCUGGUCAAGCAUGAAGAUGGUCGAUUUUUUCCUGAAAAUGUUGAAUUCGUAGGUACUGAUGACUGAACAUAAGAGCACUCUGUAAAAUCUGAAAUUUUAAAUUUUUCCCAGAUUAGCAUGUUGUAACAAGAUUUUACAGUUAACUAUGAUGUAUCAUAACCAAGUACACCAGUAUAUAUAAUUUUUUUCACUUUUUUUCCUCUACGAGCAGCAUCCAGGAACAACCGUCGUCACGGACAGUGUGACUUCUGACGGGUUGACUUCUUUUAUCGAGAAGAAACUUGGUAAGCCCAAUAGCUUGUCUAUUUUUCUAUUUUCAGUUUUCUUCGUCAUAACUUUAUUUUUCUCGUAGGAGGGAGGCAUCAUCGUUUCAAGAGAGGAUACAAAAAUGUCAUUGAUGAAGCGAUUCGCUUGGUAAACUUGCUUUAUUAACCAUUAUUAUUUCGACAGUUAAUUCACAAACCCUCUACUUUUCCUUGAAGAAGGAAAAACGUAGCACUUGGUUGCCACAAAACUCGGUUACUGUUUCUGUAUGCUAUGACAUGUCAAAAAAAUGUAUUAUUUUGAACUUCCUUUGCAGCUGUAGAAUAGUCUUUGACAAAGAACACAUGAAAUUUCCGAAUUAUAUGGCCAUCGCAUGAAUCUUUAAUUUUCUUUCACUGUCAGCUAUUGUCUGACUUAUUUGAUUAGGAUGACGGCAAAGAAAUUGGGAAAAUCUAUUUCUAUGGUAAUUCUUACUGAUAAUGAUUUGAGCUCCUCAUAAGAAAUUUGUCAUAUGAAAAUCUAUGGUUUUCUAACAAGAAGUCCGGUGCCCAUGUCCGUGACAUUUCAUGGGGUAUGCCUUCCAUUGUCAAAGGUCUAUGGAAAACAGCGUUCCAUCAAAAAGCGUAGUACCUGGGAACAGUAAAUCUUCAUUGGAAUUUCUUGAGAAUCGUUUCUUAGGCUACAGGAACCCAGAUGUUUGGAUUUUUUUUCGUUAUUUAUUAAAAAUUGUCGAAUUUAAACCAUUCUCCAUGGAACAGAAACAAGUAAUCAAAGAUCAAUUUUCAGAAUUCAGUUGGCGAAGAAGCACAUUUGGCAAUCGAAACCAGUGGACAUGGUGCCUUGAAGGAGAAUCGCUGGCUUGAUGAUGGAGCAUACCUCAUGGUACGCGUGGAUACUAUGACUCAUAAUCUAGCAUUAUUUGGCAUCUUUUAAUGCAGAUAGGAUAGCUGUUCAACCAGUAAGACGAGAUGAUAUUCUGUCUCUUUAAUUAAAGCAGUUUGUAUCCCUUGUGGUUCUCUCUUCGCACAUUAGAAUCCUCCAUUCCCUGCAGGUUAAGCUCUUAAACAAACUUGCUUCUGCCAGAGCUUCAGAUUCUGCAAGUGGUAGUAAAGUUUUGACAGAUUUGGUUGAGGGAUUUGAAGAAGCUGCCAUCGCAGUUGAAUUGAGGCUGAAGAUAGACCAGAAACAUGCGAACCUGAAGGGAGGGUGAGUCGGUUGAGAAAUAGUUAUCGUUUAUUUUUAAAAGCUAGAAUUUUAAUAAUGUAUCACUGUAUUAUUCUUUAUAAAACUGUCCAUCAUCGUUAAAAUCGAAAUAAAACUUACUUCUGAUUAUGAAAAAAAAAUGAAAAUCACAGUUAUUUGAGGAAAAAUAAUAUGUUCAGUUAUUGUGGCUCAGCAAUCAGGUUAGUCAAAAAUCGUCCGAGCAGGAGACUAAAAUCCUUUGGGAGGAGUCAUUUGAAAUGCUAUUGAAAAUUUUCCUCCUCUUUUCAAUUACUUUUUAUUUCAGAUCAUUCCGUGACUAUGGCGAAGCUGUAUUGAAGCACUUGGAAAACACCACAAGUUCGGAUCCAAAAUUGCAGAAAGCCCCUGUUAACCAUGAAGGCGUGAGUGCUACAUAUAUAUUAUUUCGAUUUCAGUGUUAACUGCCAUUUGUUUUGCUCUCAAGAUGAGCUGCUGUUCUACUUUUUUUUCUUGUUUAUUUUCCCCAUUAUUGGCUGGUCAUUAGGGGACGUCAAGAGGCCAGGUCUGGAAUCCUGACCUGGUCCAGCAUGGUUUUCGUAACUUGGCCAGGAAAAUAAGCUCACACAAAUAAUUUACCAGCCUACCUGGUGCUUAUCUGUACCGGGCUCGGACUGUGAUGCGCUCUGGCCUCAAAUCUCCCUCCCCCAAGCCCCCCCUCGCCUUCUAUUCUGACGACCCCAUCCUGAAUCCCCCUCCCCUGCCUGCAGACCUCUUCCAACACUCAGACCUCAGAACAGUGUCCUACCUCCCCCCACUAGCAUGCGGGUAGCUGGCUACCAAAAUGGACAAUUGUGUCUUCACUAGGAGAGUUAAUUAUCUCUCUCUCUCUCUCUCUCUCUCUCUGUCCGUUCAGAAAUUUGGCUUUUAACUGGGAGCUGAUUGCCGUCUAAAAUGGAGGCAGAUGAGAGGGAUGGUCGUCGUCAUGUGCCACAUCUCGAGUUACUUGAGAUCAGGGUCACAAUCCUGUCCCACCACUCUACUCUCUCAUGCAUAGUACUAUAUUUUUCAUCAGUCUCAAUAGAAGAGGGAGGGGGGGGGAUGAGAGAUAAUAUCUGUAAUAUAUGUUAGGAGACCUUUUGAUGGGUAUUUAGGUUGAUGUGUAUGAUUAGGCAUGCGUUUUAGGGAUUUUGGCUGAUGCUUACGAGUCUGUUGCGAAGGCAACAUCAUGCCAUCAGCCAGGCACACAUAUGAAAAAUUCAAUAGUUUUCUUAUUUCAUGGAAAGCUUGAAUAGGCUGGUUCCUAGAUGAAUGUUUUCAAACUUGGCAUGAUUGUAGAAUAGGCUGAUUCAUCAUUAAUUUCGGUUUCCUCCGCUCUGCUUUCUCUUCUCUUCUCUGGUGAUCUUCAUUCAUGGCGGCUCCUAUCCAAUCAGAUCCUAUGGAUCUGACUGUCUGUGUGCAACAGUUGCUCCCUCACUCAUCUGUCGGUUCGUGAUCUUGCUGCAGUUAAGGGUCUCUGGCUACGGCGGGUGGUUCCUCCUGCGGCUCUCUCUCCACGACCCAGUGCUCCCCCUCAACAUUGAGGUGCAAUACGAUCUGCCAUUUUACGUUCCAUUUUCCUCGUUGUCGACGGCAGAUGCCGACCGUCUUCUGGCCAAAACUCUUCAGGCGCCGAGCAAAGAAGACGCCGUGAGGCUCGGACUCGCCGUCCUGGAGGCCGUCAAGGAAUUCCCAGCCUUGGAUGCGUCCGCGCUGUUGAACCUCGUGCAAGUCCUCCCCUGA